AGGCGUCAAACGAGCUCAAAAAAUAUAUAUAUUCUUCUUUACUCCAAGCCACCGUUUAUUUAUUUGGUUCCUCUUUUCAUCGUUCAGGCAGCAUCACAAUUUUUUUUCUUUUGCACGCACACACAUCCAUAUGGAAGCGCCGAAGCGAUCACGGUACGACUUCGCUCUUCCUUCAUAUUCCAUAGAACGACGCAACACGCACGCACCCCCCACCCACACACACACACACACAUCCGAUCCCGUUAAAACAACAAGACAGUACUUGUUGCUGCUCAAAUAUUUCUUUUUAGUCGUGCGGUACACCAAAAGAAGAAGAAUGGGGCGGCCCCUUAAAAGGCAAAAGCGUGUGCGCUUCGGGGCCGUCACCGUUGUUCACCUUCCCGUUGCCAGUGACUCGCAAAGCAGCUCGCUUGUCAACAGUCAAGCCAUCUCUUCCUAUCUCCGCACCUGUGUGAAGCAAACUCUUCCGAUUUUAGGCACGAUGGAUCCCAACUUGCUUUCUGCGGCGUCGGACGGCCUCCGAGAAGAACAUCAAGAAGAGUCGCUGCUCCUCGGGGAUGAUGCAAGACGCGCAGACGGUAAUGCAAAAGCACCGACGGCUCUAUCGGAACCUUUUCACGCGAGUCAGCAGGAGGACAGGUGCACCUGCACAUUCAGCACUCAGCAGCCACGGCUGUCGCUGGCUCCUGUUCUUGCAGCCGUUUCCGCCGCUGUGGACACCCAGCUCGACUCUUCUCUCUCGCACGACUCCAUUACCGCGGAGGACGAAGAAGAGGAUCACACGCUGGACAGCGAGGCAGAGCACGAGCCCAUGGUGACGCAGGAAAGCAUUCAAGUCAGCCCCGCCGUAACACAGAGAAGCAAACCAGACAAAGGCGACAAAGCCCAUCUUCCUCUCCUCGACACCGCGUGCCGCGCCUUCUCCCCUGCCAUCCACGACGCGGAGCAGUCGGCGACUUUUUCACAGCUGGUAUCGGCGGUGGACGACAUUCUCGGGUGCUCGCAGCAGCACGCGAUGCACAACGUGCGCGGUGGCUCCUCGUCACUUGACAGUUCGCUCCAGAGCAGACCGCCAACUACAAACGGGAACGGAGAGGCCACGGAGACGGAGACGUCUGCCUUAACAAAAUCAUCACAGCUGUGUGGAGAUGCAGAAGACUCGAGUUCUGAGGAGCAUCGCCUCCGCAGUCGGCAAGCUGUGCGUGACGAUGCACACGAUGGCUCCAACGUCUUGACGAACCUUUCGCACGUCCACGACUCACCUGCUGCUUUUACAGUGCUACUGGCACACCAGCAGGACUGGCCGCACAACCUUCAUGAGAAUAGAGGUGCGGAGUGUGUCUUCUGUGGCAAUUCUGUAGAGGCACAGCGGCAUCGGCGGCGGGCCCCGCCUCUGGUAUCCUCGGACGGCUACUCCUACCACCUUACCUGCGCUCUCUGGUGUCCAGAAGUGUACGUGGAGGAGGCGUCGCAGUCACUGCGCGGUGUUGCCGCGGCGGUGCAGCGUGCGCGUCACAUCAAGUGCGCGCUAUGCCGUCAGCCGGGCGCUGCUGUGGGAUGUGCGAUCUCGAUCUGUCCGCUGAGCUAUCACCUGCCGUGCGCCGUCAAAGCAGGGGCUUUGAUGAACACGGAGCAAUUUGUGCUGCGGUGCCCGGCUCACAAAGGUGAGGGCAAUGCAAUAGGGCCAAGAAAGGAACGCGAGGGAGAACACGCGAAACGCAGUCAACAAACGAAGCGGACACGGCUGCAAUGA